UGGGGGGAUCCUUCACGUCACCGCAGAGAUGGAGGAGAGAGAACAAUAGCAAGUGACAUACCAAACUUCCCUGAAAACUUUGUUUUUUACUCUUUAUUUUGAGCAGUUUUCGAUGAAUGUCAAUAUCCCUGUGACAUCCAAUCACCCUCAAAGCUAUGCUGUGGUCCCAUGCAGCCAGCCGUCCCUCCUGGCCACCACCACCACUGCUGUCGCCACUACCACCCAGCUGACAGUGGGUGGUGUGGGUGACAUCCACAUCUGUGGGUCAUGUGGCACCCGUUUCACUGAGAUCAAGGAGUUUAUGACCCAUAAACGCCAGGGAUGCCAGGCUGGAGCAAGUAUGGCAGGGUGUCCAGGCGUGUCCCAGCUCCCCUCCAUGGCAGCAGUACAGCAGCCCCAGCCGGGGGCAGGCUCUGUGCAGAUGGGUGUGCCAGUGGGCAUGCCUCAUGUGGUACUGCAGACUGCAUCAGGACCACCACAGGUGUACCGCAUUGUACUGGAGCCUAGUGUCCCCACCUCCACACCACAAAGUGGCCCCUCCCUGCAGGCCCCAGCACCAAUCCUUGCCCAGGCACUCUCGGGAGAUCCAGUAACACAUCUGACAGCCGCAUCCACCCAGCACCUGGCAUCGCAUCCUUCACACACACACCACGCUCAUAGUGUUUCCCAGGGAGGCAUCACCCAGGUGGUCGCCAGCUCCACCACCACUGCACCAGCCAAUGGAACACUGUUGCAGCUAUCACCGGUGGAGGACACAUGGCAUACAGGUGGAGCGGCCACGCUGGGCUCCACAUCAGCUGUAGAGGAUGAAGAAAGCCUGACCAUUGGAAUGGUAGAGAGGAGAGAAAUGGUGGAGGCUUCCCCUCCUUCUGAUGGCUCAGCCCCAGCAGCCAGUAGACCUCCCUCCAUCACUGUCAGUAAGGAAGUAGAAAGACUAGAGGGGGAGACAGGAGUGUUGGCUACUUCUUCCACCACCACCACCACCACCACUAUCACCACAGCCACCACCACCACUGCCACCACCACCUCCUCCACCUGCACCACCAUGCACACAGAGGAGGAGGAUGUGGCCACCUUUCUGGCCACACAAUUAGCCAGUCAGGCAGCCCCAUCAAAUUCAAGCAGUGUAAGUGAACAGCUGUUGUCAGGGGUGAGUGUUGGUGACAUCCCCACCAGUGAGGGACACCUGCACUUCACUUCUGCCCCAGCACAGCCUCAACACCUACAUCUUACCAUGAACCACCACACUGUGCAGGCUGAUCCAUUUGGCAGUGAAAUCCAGUCUUCAGGUUUAGGACGACGGUCAAUGAAAGGAAUGGCAACUCCUGAGGACUUAUCCAAUGUAGACAGCAAGGCAAACAUUCUCACCAGUUAUUCCAAAGAGACACUGAUGGUUCAUGAUGGUAUCCACAAGGAGAAACCGUGUCCUGUAAAGGAUUGCAACUUUGUCACCUGUCACAAGAAGGACCUGAGCCGUCACAUCAGGAAGCACACAGGUGAGAAACCAUACAGGUGUGAGGAGUGUGGCACAUGUUUCUCUCGGGGAGACAAGCUCAAGGUACACUCUCGGAUCCAUUCCAAUGUACGGCCAUAUGGAUGCACUGAGGCUGGCUGCCAGUACCGUGCCAUUGACUCUGGGAGCCUCCGCAAGCACAUGAGAACACAUACCAAUGAGCGGCCUUACAGAUGUCAGCUGUGUCCUUACAGUGCCAGGGAUGGGUCACAGCUCACAGUGCACCUCAGGACACACACAGGAUUUUUCAACAGCAGAAAGCACCUCAAGGAUCAUGAGAAAUCCCAUGCAAAUGUGUUGCUGCAAUGUGAGCGGUGUGACCACAUGAGUACGAGCUGCGCAGGACUCAGGCAACACAUGCUUAUCCAUUCCCAGGAGAAACCAUUCCAGUGCCGCUACUGUUCCUUCACCUGCAAGACCACAGGCAAUCUUCGGUAUCAUGUGCGCAACAAGCAUGGGUGUGAAGUGUCAGGUCGCAAGCGUGGAGCUGGAGGGGAAGGCAGUCGUGGCCGUGGUACUGUAGGUGGCAACACUGUGGGAGGGAGGAGAGCAGGCAGACCCACCUGCUUCCGUAGUUUCAAAUGUGGCGACUGUGGCAGUGGUUUUGUACGGGAAGACUCAUACAGGUCACAUAUGCGGCAACAUGAGAAGCACAGGAUUGCCCAGGCGAUAUCCGGCAAGAUGGAGCCAGACGUCUUCAGUGUUGUGGUACAGGAUGAGGCACUGAUGGGUGUGGACCAACCUGGAGGUGCUGAUGAUCCAGGAGAAGUGGCCCAGGGAGUCAGUACCUUCCACAGGAUCCCUCCAGACCCACUACAGCCCAGCACACUCAUUUCUCCCUCUAGUGUGGCUGGAGGCUCAGUGGCCAGUGGAGGGGACGGUGCCAUCAACGGCUACAGUUCCUAUGUGAUCACCAUUGACGGCAUCUCCACUGUAUUCCCCAAUCCUGUACGACUAUCAGGUGGUGGUGGCAGCAGUAGUGGUGGACACCAGGGAGAGGGAUUGCAGGUCAUCACAGGUGACAUUCUGUCUCCAGAGGUCAAAAUGACUAAUUAUGACCCAGAGGAGGACACCAAAUUGCCUCCAGAGGCACACCCCUUCUCUCAGGACAAGGGAGGGCGACCAGGUCCUCACUCUAUGUACAAUGUGGCUUCAGCCACCAAGGGCACCAGUCAGGAUCAGGCAGGGCGGGACUAUGGCCCUCCAGACCUGCAGCAGACAAUCCUUCUGGAGCAGCAGCCAGGGACCCUGAAUGCCACUCUCCAGGACCACAGCCUUGUCUCCAAGCCCAAGGUGGAGUAACUUGUAUAUGUUUAUUUGUUUGUUGUGGUGUAGUGAGCUGUGUGGACCAGGAUCUCUCUUUCAUCACCACCAGGCUGUGCUGAAAACAAUAAAAAUGUAUGAAGGAUGGAGUACAA